AUGCGGAAAGCAUUAUUAGAUAUUGGAUACGCAGGCGCGGUAGGCACCCACGCCGCAACAACCUCCGAAUGCUCGGCGUCCAAUCUCCCCAGAACCGACCUAGUUGGAGCUUCUAUCCUCGGUAUUCAAGCCGAGGAAGUCCACAACUAUUCAGCUGUCAGUGCUGGGCCAGAAUCCAACGAGGGAAGGAAGUACACCAUCAACUUCUGCAACGUCACAGUUACAUACACUGAUCCCGGUUGGAACGACACAAUCAACACCCAGGUCUGGUUACCACUCGACGGUUGGAAUGGCAAGUUCGAAGCUUUAGGUGGUGGAGGCUACAGUGCUGGAUUUGGCUCUACCUACCUCACCUACGCCAUCGCCCAAGGGUUCGCAUCUGCCUCCACCGAUGGAGGUCAUGCUGUGGGAGACGAAGCUAUUCCAACUGAUCUAUCGUGGUCUUUGAAAAGCAAAAACAACGUCGACUGGUUCCUCCUCGAAGACUAUGCAUCCAAGGCCACAAAUGAUCUCGGAGUGAUCGGAAAGCAGAUAACCAAGUCAUAUUACAACAAAGCUCCCAAAUAUUCCUAUUUCUGGCGGAUGCUCUGGCGGUGGAAGGCAAGGUCUCCAAAUGGCGCAGGACUAUCCGGAUCUCUUCGACGGCAUUUUGGCUGUCGCUCCCGCCAUCAAUCUUGA